AACCCCCGCUCUUUAUAAUCCCCUUCCGCCCCACCUACCCUUCUCCAAUUCUUGAGACCCGACGUUCCGGAGAAUCUCACACGGGAAAGCACUCGAUUUGAUUUUGAAUUCUGGUGUUCUUUUGUUUCCUGGGAAAUUGUUGAUUUGUUAAGCGAAGAAGAUGUGGGGCCUGCCUUACCGGAAGACUGAUGACUUGGAGGCCGGAGCGAGGCCUCUCUACCCAGUGAUGCUGGAGAGUCCGGAGCUCCGGUGGGCCUUCAUCCGCAAAAUUUACUCGAUCAUCACCAUCCAACUGCUCGCCACCAUCGCCGUCGCCGCCGUGGUCGUUUCGAUUCAUCCGAUCGCAUACUUCUUCGUCAGCACUGGGGCCGGUCUCGCUCUCUACAUCGUUGUCAUCAUCUUGCCCUUCCUCGUAUUGUGUCCGUUGUUCUACUACCACCAGAAGCAUCCGCUGAAUUACCUCCUCCUCGGAAUUUUCACCGUUUCUCUUGCUUUUGUGGUUGGAUUGACUUGUGCAUUUACGAGUGGGAAGGUUAUUUUGGAAUCCGUCAUUCUGACGGCUGUUGUAGUUGUGAGUCUCACUCUCUACACAUUCUGGGCGGCAAGGAGGGGCCAUGAUUUCAACUUUCUUGGCCCCUUCUUGUUUGGUGCUGUGCUUGUUCUCAUGGUGUACGCAAUGAUUCAGAUUUUUUUUCCGCUUGGUAGGAUUUCCGUGACGAUAUAUGGAUGCUUAGCAUCGCUCAUAUUUUGUGGUUACAUAAUUUACGACACUGAUAAUUUGAUCAAACGGUUCUCCUAUGAUGAUUACAUCUGGGCUGCAGUCUCCUUGUAUUUGGAUAUCAUCAACCUCUUCCUCUCGAUUCUAACUAUUUUCAGGGCUACCGAUUGAUGGAAGAGGAUCUUUGCUGGAUCUCUGUAUUCUUCUGCUUAUAUUUUUUAGGAUCAAAGAACAAAAUUCUUGUUAGAAUGUUUUAUUUUUCUCCUUUUCAUCUGCAUGACCGAGUGUCAUCAAUGCUGUAACUGUAAGCUUCACUCAUUCUGUAAUUAUGCUGAUAAAUAGGUGAUUUAUAGUUUGGUUCUGUUCCCU